CCAAAACAGAGCCUAACCGAGAACUACUACACUUCCAUUCCAAACCCAUUAACUAAUCAACAAAAAGAAAAUGGCGCUUGCUUCUUCCAUAAUCACCACUCUCCUCACUCUCCAACCGGCGGGAUACGCCACUCUAGCCGUCGUCGCCGUUUGUUCACUCGUUUUCUCCCUGCGCCUCUUGAAAAACUUCACCGCCGACAAAAACAGAGCCGGCCCCUGCCUCCGGCGAGUUCCUCAGGUGCCCGGGCUUCCGGUGCUUGGGAACUUGCUGCAGCUGAAGGAGAAGAAACCCCACAAAACGUUCACCAAAUGGGCCGAGACUUACGGCCCAAUCUACUCCAUCAAAACCGGUUCCUCCUCCGUCGUCGUUCUCAACACCACUGCCGUCGCCAAAGAGGCCAUGGUGGCGAAGUUCUCGUCCAUAAGCACAAGGAAGCUAUCCAAGGCUCUGUCCAUGCUGACUGAGGACAAAUCCAUCGUCGCCAUGACCGAUUAUGACGACUUCCACAGGACGAUCAAACGCCAUGUUCUCACUCACCUGUUGAGCCCGAGCGCUCAGAGAAGGCUUCUGUACCAGAGAGAACUAAUGGUGGAGAACAUAGCAACGAAGUUGCGGGAUCAUGCCGAGGCUCGUCCCGGGGAAGCUUUGAAUUUCAGGAAGAUCUUUGAGACUGAACUAUUCGGUUUAUCCAUGAGGCAGGCGAUUGGCAAGGAUGUGGAGUCGAUUUACGUCGAGGAAUUGGGGAGUACGGUGUCCAGAGAAGAGAUCUUCAGAAUUUUGGUACUUGAUCAAAUGGAAGGCGCCAUAGAGGUAGACUGGAGAGAUUUCUUCCCGUAUCUGAGGUGGAUCCCCAACCCCAGCUUCGAGAAGAGGAUCCAGCGGAUGAAUUUCCAACGACGAGCAGUGAUGAAUGCCCUGAUCAAGGAAUGCAAGCAACGAAUUGCGUCUGGAGAUGUGAUCGAUUGUUACAUUGAUUACUUGCUAUCAGAAGGUAAGACCCUGACGGACUUCCAGAUCAUGAUGCUGGUAUGGGAGACGAUCAUCGAGACGGCCGAUACAGUAAUGGUGGCAACGGAGUGGGCCAUCUACGAACUAGCCAAGAAUCCUGACAGUCAGGAACGACUCUUCCAGGAAAUCCUGACCGCAUGUGGAUCAUCCGAGGGACUCUCCGAACAACAUCUGUCAAAACUUCCUUACCUGAACGCCAUUUUCCACGAGACCCUUCGAAGGCACAGCCCUGUUCCGAUCAUUCCCCUGCGCCACGUGGACGUCGACACGGAGUUAGGAGGGUACCACGUUCCUGCUGGGACAGAGAUAGCUAUGAACUUGUACGGAUGCAACAUGGACAGGAAACAGUGGGAGAGCCCGGAAGAGUGGCUGCCGGAGAGGUUUCUGGACGGGGGAUCUGACACGACGAUGGAUCUGCACAAAACGAUGUCGUUUGGAGGAGGGAGGAGGGCUUGCGCCGGAGCUCUGCAGGCGAUGUUGAUUUCAUGUACUUCGAUUGGGAAGAUGGUGCAGCAGUUCGAGUGGCGAUUGGAGGAAGGAGAGGAAGAGAAUGUGGACACUGUGGCGCUUACUGCUAGGAAACUUGAACCCUUGCAUGUGAACAUCAAGGCAAGGAGUUAGAGAAGAAAUAACUGGAUGGGAUUAGAAUCUCAUUCUCCUAAUAAAAAAAAUUGUAAGAAUUUUGGAUAUUCAGUGCAAGAAAUAAAAUAAUAAAAAAAUCUCCGCUUCUUAAUAAUAAAGGAAGAGAAAACACUUUGUUGAAUAGUGAUAGCAAUUUCGAAAUAAUUUGUUCCUUCUGGUUUAUACAAGGAGGGAAAGUUAAUCAGCUUAAAUACUUUAACAAUAAUCAUCAUAAAUAAUUAUAUAUUAGAUUUGAUAGAGUAAUUUUAGUGUUUAGAGUUUAAACACAAUAAGUUUCAUUUUGAUCGUAAAGCAUAAUAUCUCAUCUCAAUCUCUUGUUAGGAAAAUUGUGACUUAUCUAGAUAACGACAUCAAUAACAAUAAGUACGAUGCCCGUCGGAGAUUGAAAAUAUCCAAAUCUCAAUGAGAACAAUUGAAACAUACAUAUUGACGAUUUCCAAACAAAUAUCCAAAGCGGAUGUGACAAUUCCCAAAAAUAUCACAAAGCAUUUGUGGGUGGUCUUGACUUUGGUUUUUCAAGUUGGAAAAGUGUUGAGUGUGAUGGUUGUUAGAAUGGAAAUUCAAAUAGGGGCUAGUCAUCCUAAGUUUUCUUGUCGCACGUUGCUGCUCUGUUGUCCCAUUUUGUGGUCAAUCACUCAAUCCCAUUCCUACGAUUUGGAUUCACCUCUCUCUCUCUCUCUCUCUCUCUCUUUUGUUUUCUUGCUUCUGUUGGUUUUUGCUUUUGCCUCUGUUUUUUUCUUGACAGACUCUGUUUUUGUUGGUUUUAUUUAUGCUUCCGAGUAAAUAGAUCACUCUCAUUCAAAUUCGCUCUCCCUUCUCACUAAAACUCAACAUCCUUUUCUUCAGGGUUGCCGCCGGCACCUCUAGGUGUUCGGCGGUGGCCCAAGCUUCCCCUUCCAUUUGCUUUCGUGCUCCUGUUUCACUUGUUUUCCUCCUUUCAUUUCUAGCCUUUCAAGCCCUUUUGGCCUUUCCUUGUUCCCUUUGUGGGUUCUUUUCCUCAAUCCUCUCCUAUGGAGAUGGGUUUGUUUUGUUGUUGAUCUAGCUGUUUCUAGAUCUGGGCUUGCUCUCAGGAAUCUGGAUUAUGCAUAUUGGGUGUCGCUUCCAGAUCUACAAUGGUGGCCUUCCUCCAAUCUGGUGGUUUCAUUGUUUUCUGGUGAAUCCAUCCACUGGUUUCCCCUCUGUUCAUCCUUGGCGGUUUGGAUCUGUCUCACAGGCGCUCGAUGUGGGUGGCAGUGUCUUUUCCAGGUGUGGCGGGGUUGUGCUACUGUUCCUCGGAGUUGUGUGGUCAUCGCUCUCCUUGGUCAUGGGCUUCUCUUCCUCGGUUUCCUGUGCCUUUCAGCUUGGAGCAGUCCGAUUCACAGCCCUUUCCACCGCCAUGUAAUCUUAGUUUCGAGAUUCACUGUGAUGGGUCGUCUUUGAGCGGCUCCCAGGAGGCGGCUGAUGGCGUUGCUGAGUUCAAUCGUCAUGGUCUUGGCUGUGUUGGACGAGCUGAUUCUUUGCUUGUUUAUACUCUGUUUGUUUUGGAAACAAGAGGACUUCUGGGUUUGUUGUGUUCUAUUUUAGAGUUUGGUCCCCUGCUGGUUUGUUUCAUUUUGUGCUUUGCUCUCUGAUGUUUUCCUUUCAAGCAUAAUGUGCUUCAUCCUGUUGCGGAUGGCUCCUCUGUUUUGGAUCCAGCUUUUCUGUUUGCUCCUCUUGUAACCGAUCUUUCAUAGUAAAUACAAGUAAAUCCCCAUUGUUAUG